CAGCACUGUUAUUUUUAUGACAGUUUUCUAACAAAUUUUUCUCCAUCCAUUUUUCAAUCAUGAACUCAUACGAGGAGGUCUUGUUCAAAGUGCUUGACAAUUUGCUGGCGGAGAAGAACUGCGAUGUGAAGGACGAGCUAUUACGUCACUCGAUGGUGGAUCUACUUCGCAACAGAUUCCGUGAGAUUGCAGUUGGGACCUCCAAUGGGGCCAAUCACGCUGGUCGCAGUGCGCCCAGCUACUUUGAUCUGGAGCGCACCUUUGGCCUGAUGGACAUCAAGGUUGGUGACCUCAAGGCCAUUUGCCAAGGUCAUUCGGCAGAGGCGGUACCACUGCUCGAGUGUCCAGUGCCGCAGACACUCGACGAGGAUUUCCACAAGGGGCCACAACCGAUGCUGAGCGGCACGAAGGGCCGGGAAAUGGGCUGCAACUCCCAUAUUCCCGACUAUUUUCCACCAUUUCCCGGGGCGCACACCUACAAGAACACGGUUAUGGAGCAGGUUACGGACAGGAGCUAUGUGGCCGUGAGGAAUCGUCAUGCCGAGAAUCAACUAAAUACCAAAAAGGCCCUGAAUGGCUUCUACUUGGGCUGCAGUCCGAAUGCAUCGCUUUUUGAAAAUUCCAAACCCGACGACAGCUGUAGGCUUUUGACUGUCGGUCCGCCUAAGAAACCUGCCUAUGUGGACGCUCUGAUGCCACGCAGCCAGGUCUUUGAAAUGGACAUUUACGAGACCAAGGAGGAGAUUACCCAUGCAGCCCUUGUCUGCCCCUUUCUGAUGGAGCCGAAGGAGCAGAUUUCACGCCAAUCCACUGAAAAUUGCGGAGUCGAAGACGUGGAGAUGCAGGAGCCAUGCAGCAAUGUGGAGCUGGACUCGGACUCCGAUGGGGUGGAGCCGGGGGAGGUCCUUGCAGGAGUGGGGGCCCAGAAGGCCAUUCAGGAGAUUAACUGGUCACAGCCGGACUGAAAACUGAAAACUGAAAAACCGAAUUAAACUGCAGCUCAGGAAGAGCUGAAAAGCACACGAAAUGUUUCCAUUACAGAACGGAGCGGAUGCACGUGAAAAGUGUGAGAAAAAUUAAUUUAUUACAAUUACAUUUCAUUAAGGACUGCCACACGUUGCCCUGCCAACAGCCGAUGCAAGAGAUUGGGGGGCAGAGUUCGAAGGAGCAGAUGCUAC